UGGAUCGAAACGUCAGCAAGCCCACAGCCCAUCCCAUGUCCGUCUCGCAGCCUAGCCCACCGGUGCCACCCGGACUCGGGCUACGUUACGGGAAACAACACGUCGUUCGUGUCGCCAGCGAAGUCCAGCAAUUUCCCAGAGGACGUGCGCCAGAGCGAAGCGCCCACAGUCAGGAGUGUGCCGCUUCCAGGUCGGGAGGACCUGCUGGCCUUUCGGGUCGAUAUCUCCGAUGCAUUCGAUGCUCGGUUUCGCGAGAUCGUACCCGAACUCGAACGUCUACUCCAGAAGCACAUGCAGAAAGGCUCUUCCUUCUUCCCCUCAUCGUCUCGCGCCAAAACAAGGAAACAGACGGCCACCUCAAUGAGGCUCAUGACCAUUGGGGACACACUCGCCAAUUCGAAGCCAUCAAUCGUCAUAUUUGUUUGCGGCCAGCAGACCAGCAAUCUAGAUGCCUUGUUUAGCCAGCCGCUCCUGCGGCAGCUCUACCAACCCGAUGAUGGAAUCACACCCUCGUUCCCUGUCGUCGUUGUAGGCGAAGCACCUCGCAAGCGACUCCUCGAGGAUGUGUCGGUCGUCUGGGACACCAGCGUUUCCAGAGAAAGAGAACUGUCAACAUACUGUGGUGUCCAAAUACACCUCGAGACAAAGCCGCAAAGAUCCGUUACUGCCACCCUAGGUGGUGUGGUCAAGCUAACCUUUGGGCCCGGCAACUUUGCGCUUGUCGGCAUGACUGCCGGGCAUGUUCUGGAGGAGCUGCUUGACACUGAUGCCGGAGAAUUUCGCCGAUCUGAGGCUGCUGACUUCUGUAUCCCAACCCAGAGGCCGAACAUAGCACAGGAAAGGACAUCUGCGACCUCAUUCCUCCCCGAGACUGGUCAUUGUUUGCCAUGGAUGCCGAACUCAGAGUGUAAAAAACAGGGCAGAUAUUUUGGCAACUGUAUGACAACAGCACUCCCUGAAGAAUUUCCCGAGAGCGAGCCGAUGGAGGUUGUCAUGCUCAACGGCGCGAACCAGAAAUCUCAGGCCGCUAUGUUAGGUGUGCUGUCUCCUCUUCCCGGUGGCUUUAUGCUCGACCCAAGCAAAGGGUUCGUUAACGCGUAUCUCUUGACCCUGGAUGAACGAGAAGAUCAAAUUCCGGUGCAAGACGGCGACUCUGGCUCCUGGGUCGUCAGCCCAAUCUCUAUGAAGGUGUAUGGACAUGUCGUCGCCACCGACUUCACCGGCGAUGCAUACGUGAUUCCGCUACACUCCACGCUUGCCGAGAUGAGGGAGGUGCUCGGCAUCGAGUCAGUAGAUCUACCUACAACGGCCGACCUGUUGGAUGCUGCGCUACGCGCUUCCACAGGG